ACGCUUCAGGGGUAAAAAUGUGUUUAAGAAUAUUCCUUCUGCUUUAGGAAACGAAGUGAUACUGAACUCCAUUAAGGACGGAUGUCUAAUGAAUGAGCAGACUUGAAACAGGAUGUGGGUGCUUGGGGCGAGGAUCAGCAAGUCAGAUCCCUUAUGGCAACCUCCCAGCGAACUUCGGUAUGCCAAGUCCAGAAAUGCUUCACGACAUGGCUCCUGGUAAAAACACAUUUGGCAGCAGUGUUUCUGAAGGAGAACGUCCGGAGAAGGUGACCGAUGGCAAUGACAACUCGUAUUUCCAUUCCAUACGCGAAAAGCGUCCCUGGUGGGUGAUCGAUUUGGGAUCAGAACGAGUCAUUUACCAUAUCAUGAUCCUGACUCGCCAGAAUUGCUGUUCAGAAAGGUUACAUGACCUCGAGAUUCGCCUGGGAAACAACUUGGAGAUGAAUGGCGACUUCUCCUCUUAUGAUCUUCUGUAUUUCUACAGAGGACCCUACAGGAAGGAAGAAGGAUUCCUCAUGUAUACCUUUGCCCAGGGUGUAAAGGGGAGAUACCUGAGUCUACAGAUUGUUGCAGAGGAAGCAGAAUUUUUACAGCUUAGCACCCGUCAAAGUUAUCGUUUAAGGAACUAAGUAACUAUCGUAUUGCCAAAAUGCUUUUUAUAGGUAUUGUUAAUUUUUAAAGUCUUUGAAGCCGAUUACAAAAAUGAUAGGGUUAUCAUGGGAUAAAAAAUUUCACCACAGAAUUAAGUAAUUGGGACUUUAUACUCAUAGCGAAUCCAGCAACAACCCUGUUUGCAGAUCAGAUGUAAAAUCUAAAUAUUAAGAUUCUAAUUUUGAUUUAAGAAAAAAACUUUGGGUUCUUUGAUACCAUUAAGUAGCUCAGAUCUGUAUGAUGAAGGGGAAAUCACUAUCAAGGAAAUAUUACAUAGGCGUAAGGUACAUACUUAUAAAUCAUCUGCAUUAGUGUGAUUUAUUUUUGCAGACAUCAUGAAAUUAAUUUUUGCAUAUAAAAAUAAAAGAAAGAAUGAAUAUUGAUAAGGGUAUCCUUCCUGGAAGAAAGUAUUCAUUGAUUUGGUUUGCUUGUUUGUUAAAAACACUUGCGUUGGUUUCUGGCUACAACUAAAACAAAACAAAGUGGACUUUAUGACUGGCUACAACCAAGUAGAUUUUAGGAGAGAAAUUGUCAAUUGGUUUAGGGCCCUUUUGUGUGUGUUCCUUUUGCCUUGCCUCGACCGAGUUUUGUGGUAUUUGUUCUUAAUGUGAUUUAUCCGCUUUGAAUACGGAUUCAACCAACUCAAUACAUUCAUAACGCAGCAAAUCAAAACGUUAUUUAACAUUAUGGGUUUAUUUUUAUACUGGAUGUAGUUGCCUUAGGUGACAGAAAUGCUAACACGGUAUAAGUUGCAACCAAUCA